AUGAACCCAUCUCGUUUCGAAAUCGGACCCGUUUACAGCACCAAUCCCCGCGACCGCAAAACCCUGCGAGGAGGCCAGAUGAAACCUGUCUCGAAAGAACUGGUUUUCGAUAUUGAUAUGACAGAUUACGAUGAUAUCCGAACAUGCUGCUCUGGCGCUAGCAUCUGUGCCAAAUGCUGGGCGUUUGUCACUAUGGCGAUUAAGGUGAUCGACGCUGCUCUCCGGGAGGAUUUCGGCUUCGAGCACAUCCUAUGGGUCUACUCGGGCCGUCGUGGUGCCCACGCCUGGGUUUGCGACCCGCGUGCCCGUAAUAUGCCUGACGAUCGACGGAGGGCAAUUGCUGGCUACCUCGAAAUUACGACACUCAUCGACCAAGAUACCUUUACAAGCUCCGAACAGGCAGAAAAGCUCCUCAAUCUGCUCCCGGAUAAAUCGCUCAAUGAUGCCCUGAGGAGGAAAUGGAGCUCGUCUCCUGAUCGUCCCAGCACCAGCAAAUGGGCUGAUAUUGAUGCAUUGGCCAAGACUGGAAAGAGUAGCACAUUGAAUACUUCUACGCUGCGCGAUGCCAAGCAAGAUAUUGUACUGGAAUAUACCUACCCACGUCUUGAUGCGGAGGUCAGCAAGAAGAUGAUUCACUUGUUGAAGAGUCCAUUUGUUAUUCACCCUGGCACUGGUCGUAUUUGUGUCCCAAUCGACCCAAAGAAGGCCGAUGAAUUCGACCCCUUGUCCGUCCCGACUGUGCUGGGUCUCCUCGGCGAGAUCGACGAAUACGAUGCCAAACAUCCCGCUGGUACCGAGACUGAGAUGCCUGAUGCAAAUGGCAGUGCAGCGAACGGUUCUGACGUUAGAGGACCUCGCAAAAUGCAGGAUUAUGAGAAGACCAGUCUGAAGCCCUAUAUUGAUUUCUUCAGGUCGUUUAUUGCUGGUCUAAUCAAGGAAGAGCGGGCCGGCAAGCGAGAGCGUGAUGAGACUGGCCCGAAAAUCAAAGCUGACCCGAUGGAGUUUUGA